AUGUUGACAUUCAUGGAACACAUCCUCUACUCUUUCUACGACGCGUCUGGAUGGCACCGCGACAAUCUCUACGCGCUGCUGACGCAUUCGUCACAAAACCUGAUCGACUUCCGAGUGCCUGAGGGCGUGGCAAUGAAUGUGUCGGCCCUCAGCACCCCCAAUUCCGCCUCCUCCUACACCCUCACCAACCUGGGCCACAUUCAAGGCUCGGUGGCAUACCUGUCUACCUCGCUGUCGCUGCCCAGACCCCACUCGGGGACCCUGGAUCUCCACACGGUGGUCCCAGGAUACCAUAAACUGGACCCGAUCAACUCGCAGGACAGAAUCUACGACACGAUAUGGCAGGGCGGGAAACCAAUCCAUAGACAAGAUAGUCUGCUGUUUGGUCGCCUGGCACUGCCCACAAACACCCUGGAAGCCAUGUACGUGAGGAGAUUCAACCCCACGACGCAAUUGCUCGUAACUUGUGUUUCUGGCGCUCAUCUCAAAUCAGGAGGAGCUCUGACGCUCUAUUGGCAAAAGGAUUGUCGUCAGUACGCCCACGAGCUGCUCUACUCCACAAACGAGGCAUUGUUGGGUGCCAGAGGACUCUACAACUUUGGAGUCGACAUGUCCAAGCCCCACAUUGCCUCCCGACUCAGUGUGGGGGGAGAAUUCUACUACGGAGUACUAAACAAGUCGCCAGGAAUGUCUACGGCGCUCAGAUACGUGACCCAGUCGGCCUACACGGGGUCUCCACUCACCAUGACUCUCACAUGUAAUCCAAUCAUGGGGGAGUUCUCGUCGACGUACUCUCUGAGAACGGGGCCGUCAAGCUCCUUCUCAACAAGAUACGACUUUAACAUGUACUCAUACCUGUCUAAUCUCAGCAUGGGCGCGGAGGUGUGGAAGUCACGUGAUUCGGUGUUCAAGCUGAGCUCCAGUUUGCAGGACAAGACGGCCCGGGUUUUGUGGGGUGGUCGGUACAAGGAUAUUUUGGUGAAUACGGGGGUAGCUUUUGAUUAUGGGGGGAGGGUUCCGGAUGUGACUGCUAUUGGGGUGGAGUUUCAGUAUGCGUGUUAG